AUGAAUAAUCAGAUCCGUCUUGCGUAUGCUGGCAGCACCGGAAUGUUCAUUAGCUGGAACACCUUCAAGCAGAUCUCCAACCCCACCGUUCAUUACGGCCUUUCUGCCAACUCAUUGAAUAUGUCAUCUUCUUCGAAUGUGUCCAUCACAUACCCAACUUCGUUGACAUACAAUAACCAUGUCAAAUUGUCCGGCUUAAAGCCCGAUACACUCUACUACUACUCGCCAGAACAACUCAUCAAUACGACCUAUACCGCUCCUCUCACGUUCAAGACGAGCAGGAUUGCAGGAACGUCAAAAGAAUUCUCAGUCGCUGUCGUUAUCGACAUGGGUACCAUGGGUAGCAAAGGCCUUACCACUUCUGCUGGAAAGGGAAUCUCUCCAAACAACAUCUUGCAACAAGGCGAAACCAACACCAUCGAAUCACUUGCGCAGCACGCAGAUGCCUUUGAUUUCAUGUGGCACCCUGGCGACAUUGCAUAUGCUGAUUACUGGCUCAAGGAGGAAAUCCAGGGAUUUCUGCCCAACACUACGAUCGAGGAAGGCAUCAAGGUUUACGAAUCUAUCCUCAACGACUACUACAAUGAACUUGCCAGCGUCUCAGCAUUCAAGCCAUACAUGGUUGGACCAGGCAACCAUGAGUCUAACUGCGACAAUGGCGGAACGACUGACAAACGCUACAACUACACUUAUACUUCUGACAUCUGUAUGCCGGGCCAAACUAAUUUUACUGGCUACAAGAAUCACUUCCGUAUGCCCAGUACUGAAAGCGGCGGUACAGGUAAUUUCUGGUACUCUUUCGAUAACGGCAUGACUCACUUCAUCCAAUUGGACACUGAAACUGACCUUGGACAUGGCUUUAUUGGUCCGGAUGAAGUCGGCGGUUCUGAGGGUCAAGGCUCUGGGCCAUUCAACAUCACCAUGGACGCCCAAACAACCUGGUUAGAGGCUGAUCUAAAGGCUAUCAAUAGGUCCAUCACCCCUUGGAUCGUUGUUGCCGGUCAUCGCCCAUGGUAUUUGAGUCAUACGAACAACUCAGGAACGAUUUGCUGGACCUGCAAAGAUGUCUUCGAACCACUCCUGAUAAAAUACAAUGUCGAUCUAGUUAUCUCCGGCCACGCCCACGUAUACGAACGUCAGGCGCCUCUUGCCAACGGUGUUGUCGACAAGGCAGAAUUGAACAAUCCCAUAUCUCCUUGGUACAUUACCAAUGGCAUGGGCGGACAUUACGAUGGUCUUGAUGCUUUGCAGGAUCCCCGCCAGAAUUAUUCUCGCUACGGAUUAGAUACCUCGAACGCGACCUACGCCUGGAGCAAAUUGACUUUCCACAACUGCACCCACAUGAGCCACGAUCUGAUUGCUAGCAAGAAUGGAAGUGUUGUGGACCAUUCUACUCUUGGUUCGUUUCUAUACGAAGAAAGCGAUCAGUGA